ACAGUGUCAAUCCAACAAAAACACCACCAAAACCCUCAAACCCUUUGUUUCUUCAAGAAAGUCGGCGUUUUAUUUAUUUAAUCGUUUUAUUUCCGUAAACAACAUCGUUUUUGUGCGAAUCCCGCUUAUGUGUCGUUCAAUUUCAGUUCCGGCCAGUGCAUCGACCUCUUGCCCUCUUGACCCACACCUCAGGGACACACAAACACAGAACCUUUGAAAGAAUGUCACCGCAGCCGAGGAUGCCCUAAACCCGAAAUGAACAAGCUCGUGUGUCUCUUCCUGCUAACAGCAACCAUCUUCGCGCUGGGGACCGACGAAGAGUACGACUAUGAGGAGGAGGAGGACGACAAGGCGGCGACGAAUUCGUCCUCGAACGCGACCCUCGUGUUCACGAAGCGGCUGGAGAACGUGACCGUGGACGUGGGACAGAAGGUCGUCAAGUUGGUGUGCGAAGUGCAGAAUUUGGACGCGAAUGGGACGCGAGUGACGUUCUCGUGGAGGAAGAAUAACGCGCCGGUGGAGAAGAGCGGACGUGUGAACACCAAAAUGACGAAGGAUAAGGAGCGCCACUUGUUCAAAUCCACCUUACGCAUUAGCAACGUCGAGGUGUUCGAUAAAGGUUUCUACGACUGUACGGCAUCCAACGGCAAAGAUAAAAUCCAGUCUGAUGGGGUCCUAGACGUCUUUGGUGACGUCAGCCGGAGUAGUAGCACUUCUUCGCUCAACACUCUCAAAAUAGAUCGAGAAAUAACCACCAUCCUACCGAACAAGCCCGCUUCGGGCGUGUUCGAAGCCAAACUGACGGACUUCCCCCACGGACAACCCCUCCAGGAAACCAACGGGAAAACCUUCGACUUAACAUCGACCGGAAAAAUGAUAGAAAUCACGCGUCAGUACAAUCUGAGUACCCCUUUCUGCCAAAUCUACACCGGAGAGACCUGUGAAGACUACUUGAAAAACCAGCACGUGUUCGUGCAGCCCCCAUACAGCCAAAACGACAUCGAACAGAUGCUCCACGACGCCUUUCUGGUCAUCUCGCAGUCCAACGAUAUCUCGGCCAGCUGCGAUAAAUUCGCCAGACCUAGCCUCUGCUACUCGGCCUUUCCGUUGUGUGCGGACCCGAAACAAGUCAACAUCGACCAGACCAGGAUGAGCAAAACGAAGAUGGCGGAUUACAAGGACAUCAGGAACAAGUUUGGGAUUCACCUGCGGCGGAUUUGCAAGGAGGAUUGUAUUUUGCUGGAGACGGAGUUGUGCAGCAAGGAGUACGCGAUAGCGAAGAGGCAUCCUGUUAUCGGGAAGACGCUGGAGUUGGAGGAGUGCCAGUUCCUCCCGAACGAGACCGAGGCGAGUUCGAGGCAUUGUCUCGAAUUGGGGGUGGACCACGAGAGCGUCGACAAAGAGGAUACGUGCUUUUGGGACAACGGGGCGCUGUAUAGGGGUGUCCAGAACGAGAGCGAGUUCGGGAAUAAGUGCCUGAGGUGGGCCCACCAGUUCAACGUCGAUUUGUCUCAACACCCGGAAUUGACAGGGCAUAACUAUUGCAGAAAUCCUGGUGGCGCCGAAUCCCAACCGUUCUGUUACGUAGAUGGUGAUCCAAUUAGAAAAGAAAUUUGCAACGUCACUAGAUGUAAUCACGUAAUAUGGCUAUACGUCGUCGGUACUUUCGUGGCGAUUUCCGUAGCAUGCACAGUAUUAUUUGGGGUCUUCUGUUGCCGAAAGAAGAAUAAACUUGCCAGAAAUUUGCAGAACAUGAACGUCCCCACCGCCGACAAGAACAUCUACGGAAACACCGGCCCCAACUCGCCCAUGGAAAUGAACAACCUCCUCCCCCCCAACAUCCCGCCCCACAAAAGCCACCACGCCUCGAAAAACGGCUACCAAAACGUGCCCCAGUACACGUACAAAGAGGUGGCUUUCGUGGAGGAGCUGGGCGAGGGUGCCUUUGGGAAAGUGUACAAAGGCGAGCUCAAGACCAAAUCCGGGAAAGUCAUCGUCGCCGUCAAGUCGCUCAAGGAAAAUGCGAGCGCCAAAACGCAGGCCGACUUCCAGAGGGAGAUCGAGCUCAUCUCGGAACUGAAGCAUCCGAACAUCAUUUGCUUGCUGGGGGUGGUGGUGAAGCAGGAGCCCAUGUGUAUGCUGUUCGAGUUUAUGUCAGAGGGGGAUUUGCACGAGUUUCUCAUCACGAAUUCACCCAGUGAAGGAAAAAGUUUGACGCAGAACCAGUUCUUGCACAUCGCGAUCCAGAUCGCUCAGGGAAUGGAGUACUUAUCCGACAACCAUUACGUCCACAGGGAUCUAGCCGCUAGGAAUUGUUUGGUUUCGAAGGAUUUGGUGGUCAAGAUUAGCGACUUCGGGCUCAGCAGGGACAUGUACAGUUGCGAUUAUUACAGAGUCCAAUCAAAAUCCCUCCUCCCCGUGCGCUGGAUGCCCCCCGAGUCCAUCCUCUACGGCAAGUUCACCACCGAGAGCGACGUCUGGUCGUACGGCGUCGUCCUCUGGGAGAUCUACAGCUACGGCCUCCAGCCCUACUACGGCUACAACAACCAGGAGGUGAUCAACAUGAUCCGGUCCCGCAAGCUUCUGCCGUGCCCCGACGCCUGCCCCGGCUACUGCUACGCCCUCAUGGUGGAGUGCUGGGCCGAGCUGUCCAUCCGGCGCCCCAGCUUCGCCGAGAUCAGCCACCGCCUGCGCGUCUGGAAGCAGAACGGGACCUCCAACGGUGCCUACUUCAAGGUGGACGGCCACCGGCCCGCCCACGGCUCCAAGUCCAGCCACUCGGACUCGGCGGCGGCGGCGGCCGACGAGGGGGCGGCGACGUGGGAGCGCAAGCGCCUGCACGAGAGCCAGAGCAGCCUGACGUCGCGGUCGUCGAGUCUCGGCAACAAGACGCAGAGCACGAGCUUGAGCAACGAGCACUCGAAGAACAGGCGGAGCCACCGGAGGAAGGAGGACUCGCUGGACCGCAAGAACACGGUGGUCAGCUCCAACGGAGACAACGUGGAGAUCAAGCUGUCGCACUGACUGACUUGUGGAGAAUUUGUUGUACGGUUUUUGUGUGUCGGUUUACAUAUCGGACUUGAUUGGAAAUUUCGUUCCUAGUUUUUCCCAAAAUCGGUUAAGUUUUUGCCAUUUUAGGUGAUCGAGUCAGUUUAAGCCAAAUUUUUAUGGGUUUUGUAUGUGGUUUUUAGUUUUUAUUUAUUUCGUGGCAUUCUUUCAUUAUUGUAACAUGUUCACGUGUAUGUCUGUC